UUUCUCUGUCAGAUUUUCCUGGUGGUGGCUAACUCCAGGGAGGCGGAGCCCGAGCUGUCAGUCAUCUACCGGUGGAAUCGGCGGCGACGGCGUUUCCUCCGUCAUCAGACUCUGGAGACUCACGCCGCUCUGGACUGGGAGGCCUUUCACAUCCACAACAACAGCUUCCUGGUCGUAGCCAAUCACAGACGAGCCAGAGACUCCAACCACAACAUCCACAGUGUGAUCUACAGGUGGAACCCAAACACAAAGCUGUUUGAGGUGAACCAGACUCUGUCCACAUCCGGGGCAUAUGACUGGGAGUUCUUCACUGUUGGACCGUACCACUUCCUGGUGGUUGCUAACACCUUCGACGGCCAGACCACCACCAUCAGCUCCACUGUCUACGUUUGGCUAGACGGAUGCUUCCAGACCUUCCAGAGCAUCCCGACGGUGGGAGCGACGGACUGGGAGACGUUCCAGAUCGACGGCAGGUUCUUCCUCGCCGUCGCCAACAGUCAGAAGGUUUCAGAGCGCGGCCCGAGUCUCUACAGCAUCAACUCCACCGUGUAUGAACUCAACACGCUAACCCAGACCUUCAUCCGCUUCCAGGACAUCCUCACACACAGUGCUGUGGACUGGGAGUUCUUCACCAUCGGAGAGGAGAAGUUCUUGGUGGUGGCCAACUCUCAUGAUGGCAGCUCCUACUCUCUGAACAGCGUCGUCUACAGGUGGCAGGGCUACGAGGGCUUCGUUCCAGUUCACAGUCUACCAACGUUCGGAUGCAGAGACUGGGAACACUUCAGCACCGACGAAGGUUCCUUCCUCAUCUACUCCAGCGCCACCUCCAGGCUCAGCAAGGUCUUCAAACUCAGGACCUACUGAAUCACAGAUCCUCACACUCUGCUGUGGACAGAUUUCAUUGACUUUAAAACCUGCCGAAACACUGAAAACCUGCAAGACUUGACCGUCAUCAUCACCUCAGUUUCUCAGGUCUUCAAACUACAUUUCCAACUUACCACUUUUCACCAAUGUCCACUUCAGGGCUUGUUUCGGGGCCUGUUGAGAUUUUGUUCAAGCUACUUCCUCUUCAGGCUUUACAAGUACUACAAAUAAUAAUAAACAUUAUUUAUAUAUUUUCUCAAAGAUGAAAGUUGAGUCAUGUCAAGCUCUGCUGAUAAGGACAGCGCCCUCCAGUGGAAGAUAAACUCCCCAAAAAUGAUUUAAUGAGAAGAAACGUUGGGAAGAAUCUCAUAAGAUGUGACUCUUCAGAGCUGGAAGGUUUCUAACAUUAACAACACACAGGUCCAUCACAAAGGCCAGUCCAUGUGGCACUUUCCCAUACAGGUGUACAACCUUUAAAACCUGCUGAAAUGCUUCAACAUAUAUUUGUAAAACCAAGAUUUAAUGGAUUCAGACUGAGGAUUUAAACUCUAAACAACAACUUCAGCCUCUGUGAGGAGCUGAUCAAAGAGUAAAACCAUCAGACUGCUGAAGAGAUUCAGAUUCAUGACGGACUGAAACACAAUCUUUGCUUUGUAAUUGUUGGUGAAAGUGAAGUUUUGGAUUUGAAGUUUAAACCGGACUAUAAAACA